AAGAUGAACGCCGCUACCGCUCUCCGGGCCCGUAUGGCCACUUCCUCCAUUGCCCGCCGUGGCUUUUCCACCACCCGCGCCCAGCUCGGUAGCCCGUACCACUACGCCGAGGGCCCUCGCUCCAACAUCCCCUUCAACCCCCUGACCAAGCACUUCUUCUGGAGAUACUGGAGCUUCAUGACCGUCGGUUUCGGUCUUCCCUUCGGCAUUGCUGUCUGGCAAACCUACAAGUCCCGUUAA